CAGCUGUCUGCUCCGCGUCAUGCCGAGCCUCCCGGCCCCGCCGGCCCCGCGGCUGCUCCUCGGGCUGCUGCUGCUCGGCUCGCGGCCGGCCAGUGGCACUGGCCCUGAGCCCCCAGCACUGCCCAUCCGUUCCGAGAAGGAGCCGCUGCCUGUCCGGGGAGCGGCAGAGCCCGGAGCAGGCAUUACGGCACGAGCAACCGGACAGCGGCCGCCAGCCAAGCCCGUCCCCGCAGGCUGCUCCUUCGGCGGGAAGGUCUAUGCCUUGGACGAGACGUGGCACCCGGACCUGGGGGAGCCUUUUGGGGUGAUGCGCUGCGUGCUGUGCGCCUGUGAAGCGCCUCAGUGGGCUCGCCGUGGGAGGGGUCCUGGCAGGGUCAGCUGCAAGAACAUCAAACCUCAGUGCCCCACCCUGGCCUGCAGGCAGCCGCGCCAGCUGCCAGGACACUGCUGCCAGACCUGCCCGCAGGAGCGUAGCAAUCUAGAUCCACAGCCCGCUGGCCUGGUCUUCGAGUAUCCAAGGGACCCAGAGCAUCGCAGUUAUAGCGAUCGAGGAGAACCCGGCGUUGGGGAGCGGACACGUGCUGAUGGCCACACAGACUUUGUGGCGCUGCUGACAGGACCGAGGUCGCAGGCGGUAGCUCGUGCUCGAGUCUCUCUGCUGCGCUCAAGUUUACGCUUCUCUGUCUCCUACCAGCGGCUGGACCGUCCCAGCAGGGUUCGGUUCACAGAUCCCACAGGCAACAUUCUGUUUGAACACCCUGCAACCCCCACCCAGGAUGGCCUGGUCUGUGGGGUGUGGCGGGCAAUGCCUCGGCUGUCUGUGAGGCUCCUGAGGGCAGAGCAGCUUCGGGUAGCCCUUGUGACAUCCACUUACCCUUCAGGAGAAGUCUGGGGGCCUCUCAUUUGGCAAGGUGCUCUUGCUGCAGAGACCUUCAGUGCCAUCCUGACCCUGGAAGACCCACUGCAGCGGGGUGUAGGGGGCAUAGCCCUGCUCACCCUCAGUGACACAGAAGACUCUUUGCAUUUUUUGCUGCUCUUCCGGGGUCUGCUGGGAGGACUAGCUCAGGUGCCCUUGAAGCUUCAGAUCCUCCACCAGGGACAGCUACUUCGGGAGCUCCAGGCCAACACCUCAGCUCAGGAGCCAGGUUUUGCUGAGGUGCUGCCCAGCCUUACAGACCAAGAGAUGGACUGGUUGGAGCUGGGGGAGCUGCAGAUGGUUCUACAGAGGGCAGGCGCGCCAGAGCUACGCAUCAGUGGAUACAUCACCACCAGGCAGAGCUGUGAUGUCCUUCAAAGCGUCCUUUGUGGGGCUGAUGCCCUGAUCCCAGUCCAGACGGGUGCUGCUGGUUCAGCCAGCUUCAUACUGCUAGGAAAUGGCUCCCUUAUCUAUCAGGUGCAAGUGGUAGGUACAGGUAGCGAGGUGGUGGCCAUGACACUGGAGACCAAGCCUCAGCAGAAGAACCAGCGCACUGUCCUGUGCCACAUGGCUGAACUCCAGCCGGGAGGACACAUGGCUGUGGGUGUCUGCUCUGGGCUGGGUGCCCGAGGGGCUCAUAUGCUGCUACAGAAUGAGCUCUUCCUGAAUGUUGGUACCAAGGACUUCCCAGAUGGAGAGCUUCGGGGGCAUGUGACUGCCCUAUGCUACAGUGGGCAUAGUGCCCGCUAUGACAGAUUGCCUGUGCCUCUGGCAGGGGCACUAGUGCUGCCCCCUGUGCGGAGUCAGGCAGCAGGGCACGCCUGGCUCUCCUUGGACACACAUUGCCACUUACACUAUGAGGUUCUAUUGGCUGGGCUUGGUGGCUCAGAGCAAGGAACCGUCACUGCCCACCUCCUUGGGCCUCCUGGGAUGCCAGGGCCCCAGCGGCUGUUGAAGGGAUUCUAUGGCUCAGAGGCUCAGGGCGUGGUAAAAGAUCUGGAGCCUGUGCUGCUGCGGCACCUGGCACAGGGCACUGCCUCCCUGCUGAUCACCACCAAGAGUAACCCCAGAGGAGAACUACGUGGGCAGGUGCACAUUGCCAGUCAGUGUGAGACUGGAGGCCUGCGCCUGGCCUCAGGAGGAGUGCAGAUGCCCUUGGCUCCUAAUGGAGAGGCAGCUACAUCACCCAUGCUGCCUGCUGGCCCUGGCCCUGAAGCCCCAGUCCCAGUCAAACAUGGCAGCCCUGGGAGGCCCCGAGAUCCUAACACAUGUUUCUUCGAGGGGCAGCAGCGUCCCCACGGGGCUCGCUGGGCACCCAACUAUGACCCACUCUGCUCCCUCUGCAUCUGCCAGAGACGAACAGUGAUCUGUGAUCCUGUAGUAUGCCCACCACCAAGCUGUCCCCACCCGGUGCAGGCACUGGACCAGUGCUGUCCCGUGUGUCCAGAGAAACAACGCAGUAGAGACCUUCCCAGCCUACCACAUCUGGAGCCAGGAGAGGGGUGCUAUUUUGAUGGUGACCGGAGCUGGAGGGCAGCGGGUACCCGAUGGCACCCUGUUGUGCCCCCCUUUGGCCUAAUUAAGUGUGCUAUUUGUACCUGCAAGGGGGCCACGGGAGAGGUGCACUGUGAGAAGGUGCAGUGUCCUCGCCUGGCCUGUGCUCAGCCUGUCCGUGCCAACCCCACCGAUUGCUGCAAACAGUGUCCAGUAGGGUCAGGGACUAAUGCCAAGCUGGGAGACCCCAUGCAGGCUGAUGGGCCUCGGGGGUGUCGCUUUGCUGGGCAGUGGUUCCCAGAGAAUCAGAGCUGGCACCCAUCAGUGCCCCCCUUUGGGGAGAUGAGCUGUAUUACCUGCAGAUGUGGGGCAGGGGUACCCCACUGUGAGCGGGAUGAUUGUUCACCUCCGCUAUCCUGCGGCUCAGGGAAGGAAAGUCGGUGCUGUUCCCACUGCACAGCCCAAAGGUCCUCUGAGACUAGAACCCUUCCAGAGCUGGAGAAAGAAGCUGAGCACUCCUAAGGAGCAUCCAGAAGGCCACAUGACCAAGAGGAUGGGCCUGAGCUGGGAGAAGAAGUGGUGCUGAGGACCCUGUCUCUCCUGUGGGAACCCAGUGCCUUUCGUGCCUCUGCUCUGCUUCUUCUCCUCCCCCACUACCUCUGGGAACCACAAUUCUACAAGGGGAAAGACUGCUGGGUCAGACCAAGGCCAUAUCCAUGCGAACUCCUGCCCUGUUUUCUUUUGGCCUCUGUCCCAGAAGCUUAACUCUUUUCUUCUGUACAGAACACCACUGGCUUAUUGGGAUUCUUUAAUUUAUCCUCACUCAGCACCAAGGGUUCCCUCACACCAUUCCUGCUACCCCUGAGCUGAGCAGAGUCAUUAUUAGAGAUUUUUUGUUUUGUAUUUAUUAAAACAUCUUUUUUUCAGUCUU